ACAAAUAAACGAAAGUGUUCUCAGUCUGCUUGGCGGUAGAACAAUUAGUUACGGUUUUCACGUGAAUGAAACGGCUGCUAUCGGUGUUCAUCGAUCAUCGACUACUCAAAAACUUUAGUCGCCAUUUUUGCUACCGGUGGCGUGCGUUCGGCGAUGUCCCGGCUGGCUGCUGGACGAUAGCGAACAAAAUGAAUCAGUCGGCUCCUCAAAACAAUCAAUUUUCCCGCUGCCUUAAUCAGAAUGUCAACUACGAUACGUAUCGUCGCUGGGAACCGGUCCGAGAGAAUGGAAACAGACGGUCCAAGGGUUCCAAACCAAAACCCUGCACGAAUGUGUGUGCCAGGGAACGGGUCGAGUUUACGCUGAUGACCUACAACAUAUUGGCGCAGGAUUUGCUCAAUUCUCAUGUCGCACUUUACAACGAGCACGAUCCACAGGCGCUGCCGUGGAAGCAUCGAUCUAAAAGACUGAUGGCAGAGAUAGACACCGUCAAACCGGAUAUUCUGUGCGUACAGGAACUGCAGGAGUCUCAUGCCGAUUCGUUCCGCAGUGGUUUGAAGCAGGAUUACGGUAUGCUGUACAAAAAGCGAACGGGUGGCGACAAAACGGACGGCUGUGCACUCUUUUAUCGGCGCGAUCUAUUCGAUCUCGUCGCUCACCAUAAAGUAGAAUUUUACCAACCCAAAGUUAAUCAAUUGAACCGGGAAAAUGUGGCUAUUAUAGCAAAACUGUCGCUGAAAGCGAACCCACGAGCCAGGCUCGUCGUUUCAACUACCCACCUGCUUUACAACCCGAAGCGGCAGGACGUUCGGUUGGCACAGGUGCAGGUUCUGUUGGCCGAAAUAGACCGUCUUGCGUUCAGUGGCACGAUGCCAAACGGAAUACCCCGGUACGAUCCCAUCAUAUUGUGCGGUGAUUUCAACCUGCAACCGUUCACUGCACCGUACGAGUUGCUGACCAAAGGGUUCUUGCGCUACGACCGGCUGGAAUCGCGCUCACUCAAACCAGCAACUUCCCAGCGGAACGGUUACACUGAGAAGCUCGGCAAACAUUUCCUGCCGCCGUCACUGGGAAUUACCGACCAGUGUCAGCACAAUGCUUUACGUGACCGCGAGAAAGCUCACCCCGAUCAGGUUCCACCUUCGCAUGUGACAAAGCUUCACCAUUCAAACCAUCGCCGUGAUAAAUCGGAUGGUUCGGAAACGAGUUCGCCGGAUUUAUCGCCGUCCAAUUCUGGCGCGCGUAGCGAAUUUUCUUCCGGCUCGCUUAGCCACCGCUUCGUGCUAAACUCCGCCUAUCAUCAUCAUGGACCCGAUGCGGAAGGACGACAACAGGCGACGACGUUUCAUUACGAAUGGGUCACGGUUGACUAUCUGUUCUACACGCCGUACCGUUCGGUGGCGGAAUGUAGUCGAACACUGCCCAACUGGAAUCUGGAGCUGCUGAAGAUCUACUCAUUACCGACCGUGGAGCAGUGCUGCUGGCAGAUUGGCCACAUACCGAACAAGCUGUACGGGUCGGAUCACUUUUCGUUGGCCGGUCGCUUUUUGCUUACCAUUCCCAAAGAGGAACAGUGACCAAUGGGGGGGUGUGUGUUGAAUAUGUUACUAUAUUAAUAGACUUGAAUUGACUCAGUUUACGACCAUUGCAGUCGUUAAAGGUUAAAUAAGGAAAUGGUUUCACUGCGCUGUCUGCAAUAUCCGAAGAGUGAUCGUUCAUGCAAACGCAUAAAAUAAUUUCACAAACAAGUGAGUAAAAUAUUUUCCUAUUAAUACAAAAUUCACUUUUCCAAUUCAUCCAUCCAUCUGGAAACCAUCUGGGAUGUUUCUGAUUGAUGAGAUCAGAUGAGAUGAUUGAAGACGUUUUAAGCUCAUAUACUGAUAUCGAGUGAUGGCGUUGAUGUGU